GAGUCCUCAGGCAUUCACAAAAAAGGUGUCCUCAUGUACACAAAUCUUAAAUGAACAUUAAAAGGUCUCCCCCCAUCUCGCAAAACAUUUCCCCUUUCAUUCAAAUUUUUAUUGUCCCAAAAAACUUUUCUUCGUCAUGAAUAGAUUUUUUCUUGGUGGUAAUACUUCUCCAGUCUGCUCUAUGGGAGGCCCAACUUCAGUCUUUGGUUUUAAGUUAAGAGGACUUGGCCCUUCUGAGCCAAGAAGGGCAGUAAUCAAUGAAAGUUCUGAUUCUUCUGACUUGGACUUCGUUGGAGGAGAUCUUGCGGUUACUGCUUUUGCAGAUCUUUCAUUUGAUCUUCCAUUGAAGAUCCUCAGGGAAUCUGGUAUCCAUGGCCAUGCUUUUGCAUGCACCGGAAGCCUUAACAAACUGUCUGAAAAUGCAUUCAGAGGCCUAUCUUUUCAGAAGUUCCGUGAAUCAUUCAAAGCUUCAAUAGGAUUAGGAGUCAUUGUUCCCACUAAGCUUUUCAGGAUGGAGAUCAACUACUGCCUCAUACUGAAACAAGGAGAGCAUGACAGAGGGAAGACCGGCUUGCAGUUUAGCUUUUCUUCAUCCUUCUAGAAACCAGAAAAUUUAAAUCCGGCUACUUGAAUUUUAUACUGGUACAAUCUUUCUCGAGGUAAAUUUCCAUCCAUUUUCACCAUCCCUGUGUGUGGGGUCAACAUUUUUACAGCUUUGGGUCUGUAACCGAAAGAUUUACGCCCAUGGGUGAUCCAAUUUCGCAGGGAAUAAAGUUAGACUUGAGUAUGAACAUGAUUUCUUCAUCGUUGAAGCGGAUUUGAUUUAGUUUGUCGUGUUGUUAGUUUUUAAGUAGAAUCAAGAAUUACGGCAUCC